UCUCUCAUUCCAAUUCUCUUGCAUGCUCAUGGCUUCUCUUUUCACUCAUUUAGCUUUCUUCACCCUCUUGGCUAACUUUUGCUAUGGCUUCAACCCGAGACUUCUAGCUGGAUCCGGGGGAUGGUCUUCCGCCCGAGCUAGUUGGUAUGGAAAUCCUUCCGGUGCAGGAAGUGACGGGGGUGCAUGUGGAUAUCAAAAUGCUGUUGAAGAAGCACCAUAUUCUUCACUAAUAACAGCGGCUGCUUCUUCUCUAUACAAAUCAGGCAGCGGUUGUGGAACAUGUUAUCAGGUGAAAUGUACUUACGCUGAGGUUUGCUCCGGUAAGCCGGUGACCGUGGUUAUAACCGAUGAGUGCCCUGGCUGUGACUCACAGUCAAUCCUGUUUGAUUUAAGUGGGACCUCGUUUGGAACUAUGGCUAGACCUGGUGGAGAAGGUCAACUUAGAAAUGUUGGAAUCGAACAAAUUCAGUAUAAAAGAGUGAACUGCAACUUCCCCGGAGCAACCGUGUCAUUCCGGGUCGACCCGGGUUCCAACCCGAACUACUUUGCGGCCGCAAUAGAGCACGAAGACGGAAAUGGGAUCGCCGGAGUUGAGCUGAAACGGGCGGGGUCGGGCGGCACAUGGAUCAAAAUGCAGCCGUCGUGGGGGGCUGUUUGGAAGGCCGAUUUGCCAAACAAUUACCCGGCGCCCUUCUCCGUUCGGCUCACUGGAAAUUCGCAGAAGAAGAUUGUCGCCAACAAUGUUAUUCCUGCCAAUUACUCGCCCGGGAAAACUUACAGAUCAGUUGUCAAUUUUUAACUAAGAACAAUUAAUAAUACUAUAUAUAGUAGUUACUCCAUUAAUUAGAGUAAUUAAAUGACAGAUUAAGAAGAAAAAAGUUGUCGUAGAAAGUGUAUGACAUGCACUUUGUCGAGCAGACGGAUCUUUUAUCUGAUCUUGUCUAGCGUUUUCAAGUUUAGUUGUUAUGUUUUAAUAAAGAUAAAUAUAUAUGAUUUCUGUGUUUUUCUAUGA